CGCGCCGGCGGGGAGGGCGCGGGCGCGGCGGCGGGAGGGGGCGAGCGCGCUGCUCUCGCGCGCCCGCCCGCCCGGUGUCUCCCUCUCGCUGCCUCUGCAGAAACAGCUCCUGCCAGAACGGCGCGCGGCGCGGCGCGGCCCGGAGCGGCGGCGCCUCUGCUGCUCCGCGCCUCCCGAGUUGCUGGAGCUUCUUGACAGAAGCGGCCGAGGAGGGCCUCGGGCGGCACUGACCAGCGGCGGCAGAGACGGUUCAGCCCCCUGCUGGCGCGGGCGGACCCCUCCCCCGGCUUGGGGUCCGUCGCGCCCCCGUCCCCUCCUCUCCUCGCUCCAGCCUCUCUCGAUUGAUUUUUUUCAAACGGUGUGGCCGCCAGAGGUGCGGGGCUAAAUUCUUGGAAGGGGCCCGGAUGUACCGAGGAUGCAUUACAAUUCCACUCAAGGAGGCAGUAGUGGAAAGGAUCAGUUUUUGGUGUUUGAUGCAAUAACGGGAAUCAGGUAAUCAUCGGAAGGGAAGAGGAAAUACUGCGGAUCCCCGGCUUCCUUGAAUUUUGCACGAAAGCCGCCGCCUCGGAGGAGGGAUUAAUCCAGACCCGCUUGGGGGUGUUUUGACAUUUCUUCCUCUUUGUGGCUUUUUCUUCUUUUAAAACAAUUUUUGGUCAAUGGUCAAUGAAAACACGAGGAUGUACAUUCCAGAGGAAAACCACCAAGGUUCCAACUAUGGGAGCCCACGCUCAGCUCAUGCCAACAUGAAUGCCAAUGCAGCUGCAGGGCUCGCCCCCGAGCACAUCCCCACCCCGGGGGCAGCCCUGUCCUGGCAGGCAGCCAUCGAUGCGGCCCGGCAAGCCAAGCUGAUGGGCAGUGCUGGCAAUGCAACCAUCUCCACGGUCAGCUCCACGCAGCGGAAGCGGCAGCAGUAUGGGAAACCCAAGAAGCAAGGCAGCACGACCGCCACGCGCCCGCCCCGCGCCCUGCUCUGCCUGACUCUGAAGAACCCCAUCCGGAGGGCAUGCAUAAGCAUCGUCGAAUGGAAACCAUUUGAAAUAAUUAUUUUACUGACUAUUUUUGCCAAUUGUGUGGCCUUAGCCAUCUAUAUUCCCUUUCCAGAAGAUGACUCCAAUGCCACCAACUCCAACCUGGAACGAGUGGAAUAUCUCUUUCUCAUAAUUUUUACUGUGGAAGCAUUUUUAAAAGUAAUAGCCUAUGGACUUCUCUUUCACCCCAACGCUUACCUCCGCAAUGGUUGGAAUUUACUAGACUUUAUAAUUGUGGUUGUAGGGCUUUUCAGUGCAAUUUUAGAACAAGCCACCAAAGCCGAAGGGGCCAACGCUCUGGGCGGGAAGGGGGCUGGAUUCGACGUGAAGGCGCUGCGGGCCUUCCGCGUGCUGCGCCCCUUGCGGCUGGUGUCCGGAGUCCCAAGUCUCCAGGUGGUUCUGAAUUCCAUUAUCAAGGCCAUGGUCCCCCUGCUGCACAUUGCUCUGCUAGUGCUGUUUGUCAUCAUCAUCUAUGCUAUCAUCGGUCUGGAGCUCUUCAUGGGAAAGAUGCACAAGACCUGCUACAACCAGGAGGGCAUUGCAGAUGUUCCAGCAGAAGAUGAUCCUUCUCCUUGCGCUUUGGAGACAGGCCACGGGCGGCAGUGCCAGAACGGCACUGUGUGCAAGCCCGGGUGGGACGGGCCCAAGCAUGGCAUCACCAACUUUGACAAUUUUGCCUUCGCCAUGUUGACAGUGUUCCAGUGCAUCACCAUGGAGGGCUGGACAGACGUGCUGUACUGGGUCAAUGAUGCCGUAGGAAGGGACUGGCCCUGGAUCUAUUUUGUUACACUAAUCAUCAUAGGGUCAUUUUUUGUACUUAACUUGGUUCUCGGUGUUCUUAGCGGAGAGUUUUCCAAAGAGAGAGAGAAGGCCAAGGCUCGGGGAGAUUUCCAAAAGCUGCGAGAGAAGCAACAGCUGGAAGAGGACCUCAAAGGCUACCUGGACUGGAUCACUCAGGCAGAAGACAUCGACCCUGAGAAUGAGGACGAAGGCAUGGAUGAGGAGAAACCCCGAAACAUGAGCAUGCCCACAAGUGAGACUGAGUCUGUCAACACGGAAAACGUGGCUGGAGGUGACAUCGAGGGAGAAAACUGCGGAGCCAGGCUGGCCCACCGGAUCUCCAAGUCUAAGUUCAGCCGCUACUGGCGCCGGUGGAAUCGGUUCUGCAGAAGAAAGUGUCGCGCAGCAGUCAAGUCUAACAUUUUCUACUGGCUGGUGAUUUUCCUGGUGUUCCUCAACACACUCACCAUCGCCUCCGAGCAUUACAACCAGCCCCACUGGCUCACGGAAGUCCAAGAUACGGCCAACAAGGCACUGCUGGCCCUGUUCACCACGGAGAUGCUGCUGAAGAUGUACAGCCUGGGCCUGCAGGCUUACUUUGUGUCCCUCUUCAACCGCUUCGACUGCUUCAUCGUGUGCGGGGGCAUCCUGGAGACCAUCCUGGUGGAGACCAAGAUCAUGUCUCCUCUGGGCAUCUCUGUGCUGAGAUGUGUCCGGCUACUGAGGAUAUUUAAAAUCACAAGGUACUGGAACUCCUUAAGCAACCUGGUGGCAUCCUUGCUGAAUUCUGUGCGCUCCAUCGCCUCCCUGCUGCUACUCCUCUUCCUCUUCAUCAUCAUCUUCUCCCUCCUGGGGAUGCAGCUCUUUGGAGGAAAGUUCAACUUUGAUGAGAUGCAGACCCGGAGGAGCACAUUUGAUAACUUUCCCCAGUCCCUUCUUACCGUGUUUCAGAUCCUGACCGGGGAGGACUGGAAUUCGGUGAUGUAUGAUGGGAUCAUGGCUUAUGGCGGCCCCUCUUUUCCAGGGAUGUUAGUCUGUAUUUACUUCAUCAUCCUCUUCAUCUGUGGAAACUAUAUCCUACUGAAUGUGUUCUUGGCCAUUGCUGUGGACAACUUGGCUGAUGCUGAGAGCCUCACAUCUGCCCAAAAGGAAGAGGAAGAAGAGAAGGAGAGAAAGAAGCUGGCCAGGACUGCCAGCCCAGAGAAGAAACAAGAAGUGGUGGAGAAGCCAGCAGUAGAGGAGGCCAAGGAGGAGAAAAUUGAGCUGAAAUCUAUUACAGCUGAUGGAGAGUCCCCACCCACAACCAAGAUCAACAUGGAUGACCUCCAGCCCAAUGAAAAUGAGGAUAAGAGUCCCUACUCCAACCCAGAAACUGCAGGAGAAGAAGAUGAGGAGGAGCCUGAGAUGCCUGUUGGCCCCCGCCCCCGCCCACUCUCUGAGCUGCACCUUAAGGAGAAGGCAGUGCCCAUGCCCGAAGCCAGUGCAUUUUUCAUCUUCAGCCCCAACAACAGAUUCCGCCUCCAGUGCCACCGCAUCGUCAAUGACACGAUCUUCACCAACCUGAUCCUCUUCUUCAUUCUGCUCAGCAGCAUUUCCCUGGCUGCUGAGGACCCCGUCCAGCACACCUCCUUCAGGAACCACAUUCUGUUUUAUUUUGAUAUUGUUUUUACUACCAUUUUCACCAUUGAAAUUGCUCUGAAGAUCCUAGGCAAUGCAGACUAUGUCUUCACUAGUAUCUUUACAUUAGAAAUUAUCCUUAAGAUGACUGCUUAUGGGGCUUUCCUGCACAAGGGCUCUUUUUGCCGGAACUACUUCAACAUCUUGGACCUGCUGGUGGUCAGCGUAUCCCUCAUCUCCUUUGGCAUCCAGUCCAGUGCAAUCAACGUUGUGAAGAUCUUGCGAGUUCUCCGAGUCCUCAGGCCUCUGAGGGCCAUCAACAGGGCCAAGGGGCUAAAGCACGUGGUUCAGUGUGUGUUCGUAGCCAUCCGGACCAUCGGGAACAUCGUGAUUGUCACCACACUGCUUCAGUUCAUGUUCGCCUGCAUUGGGGUCCAGCUCUUCAAGGGAAAGCUCUACACCUGUUCAGAUAGUUCCAAACAGACCGAGGCAGAAUGCAAGGGUAACUACAUCACAUACAAGGACGGGGAAGUUGACCACCCCAUCAUCCAGCCCCGCAGCUGGGAGAACAGCAAGUUUGACUUCGACAAUGUUCUGGCGGCCAUGAUGGCCCUCUUCACGGUCUCCACCUUUGAGGGGUGGCCAGAGCUGCUGUACCGCUCCAUCGACUCCCACACGGAAGACAAGGGCCCCAUCUACAACUACCGCGUGGAGAUCUCCAUCUUUUUCAUCAUCUACAUCAUCAUCAUUGCCUUCUUCAUGAUGAACAUCUUCGUGGGUUUCGUCAUCGUCACCUUCCAGGAGCAGGGGGAGCAGGAAUACAAGAACUGUGAGCUGGACAAGAACCAGCGACAGUGUGUGGAAUACGCCCUCAAGGCCCGGCCCCUGCGGAGGUACAUCCCCAAGAACCAGCACCAGUACAAAGUGUGGUACGUGGUCAACUCCACCUACUUUGAGUACCUGAUGUUCGUCCUCAUCCUGCUCAACACCAUCUGCUUGGCCAUGCAGCACUACGGUCAGAGCUGCCUCUUCAAAAUCGCCAUGAACAUCCUCAACAUGCUCUUCACGGGCCUCUUCACGGUGGAGAUGAUCCUGAAGCUCAUUGCCUUCAAACCCAAGGGUUACUUUAGUGAUCCCUGGAAUGUUUUUGACUUCCUCAUCGUUAUUGGCAGCAUAAUUGACGUCAUUCUCAGUGAAACUAAUCACUAUUUCUGUGAUGCAUGGAAUACAUUUGACGCCUUGAUUGUUGUGGGUAGCAUUGUUGAUAUAGCAAUCACCGAGGUAAACCCAGCUGAACAUACCCAAUGCUCUCCCUUUAUGAACGCAGAGGAGAACUCGCGCAUCUCCAUCACCUUCUUCCGCCUCUUCCGGGUCAUGCGCCUGGUGAAGCUGCUGAGCCGAGGGGAGGGCAUCCGGACGCUGCUCUGGACCUUCAUCAAGUCCUUCCAGGCGCUGCCCUACGUGGCGCUUCUGAUAGUGAUGCUGUUCUUCAUCUACGCCGUGAUCGGGAUGCAGGUGUUUGGGAAGAUUGCCCUGAAUGACACCACAGAGAUCAACCGCAACAACAACUUCCAGACUUUCCCCCAGGCUGUGCUGCUCCUCUUCAGGUGUGCCACAGGGGAGGCAUGGCAGGACAUCAUGCUGGCCUGCAUGCCAGGGAAGAAGUGUGCCCCGGAGUCGGAGCCCAGCAACAGCACGGAAGGGGAAACGCCCUGUGGCAGCAGCUUCGCCGUCUUCUACUUCAUCAGCUUCUACAUGCUCUGUGCCUUCCUGAUCAUCAACCUCUUUGUCGCUGUCAUCAUGGACAACUUUGACUACCUGACAAGGGACUGGUCCAUCCUUGGUCCCCACCAUCUGGAUGAAUUUAAAAGAAUCUGGGCAGAGUAUGACCCUGAAGCCAAGGGUCGGAUCAAACACCUAGAUGUGGUCACGCUGCUCCGGCGGAUUCAGCCCCCACUGGGUUUUGGGAAGCUGUGCCCUCACCGCGUGGCUUGCAAACGCCUGGUCUCCAUGAACAUGCCUCUGAAUAGCGAUGGGACGGUCAUGUUCAAUGCCACCCUGUUUGCCCUGGUCCGGACAGCCCUCAGGAUCAAAACAGAAGGGAACCUGGAACAAGCCAAUGAGGAGUUGCGGGCCAUAAUCAAGAAGAUCUGGAAGCGGACCAGCAUGAAGCUGCUGGACCAAGUGGUGCCCCCUGCAGGUGAUGACGAGGUCACGGUUGGCAAGUUUUACGCUACUUUCCUGAUCCAAGAGUACUUCCGGAAGUUCAAGAAGCGCAAAGAGCAGGGCCUUGUGGGCAAGCCCUCCCAGAGGAACGCCCUGUCCCUGCAGGCCGGCCUGCGUACCCUGCACGACAUCGGGCCCGAGAUCCGACGGGCCAUCUCUGGAGAUCUGACAGCCGAGGAGGAGCUGGACAAGGCCAUGAAGGAGGCCGUGUGUGCGGCCUCCGAGGAUGACAUCUUCAGGAGGGCUGGUGGCCUGUUCGGUAACCACGUCAGCUACUACCAAAGCGACGGCCGGAGCGCCUACCCCCAGACCUUCACCACCCAGCGCCCGCUGCACAUCAACAAGGCGGGUAACAGCCAAGGCGACACUGAGUCGCCAUCCCACGAGAAACUGGUGGACUCCACUUUCACCCCCAGCAGCUACUCGUCCACUGGCUCCAACGCCAACAUCAACAAUGCCAACAACACUGCCCUGGGCCGCUUCCCCCGCCCCACCGGCUACCCCAGCGCGGUCAGCACCGUGGAGGGCCAUGGGCUCCCCCUGUCUCCUGCCAUCCGGGUGCAGGAGGCAGCGUGGAAGCUCAGCUCUAAGAGGUGCCCCUCCCGGGAGAGCCAGAUAGCCAUGGUGUGUCAGGAGGAGGUCUCUCACGAGGAGACCUAUGACGUGAAGAUGAGCGAAGACCCCCAGCGCGGCAGCGAGCCCAGCCUCAUCUCCACGGAGAGGCUCUCUUAUCAGGAUGAUGAGCAUCGACAGCUGACACCCCCCGAGGAGGACAAGAGGGACAUCCGGCAAUCUCCAAAGAGAGGUUUCCUCCGCUCCGCCUCGCUAGGUCGUAGGGCCUCCUUCCACUUGGAAUGUCUGAAGCGACAGAAGAGUCAAGGGGGAGACGUCUCUCAGAAGACAGUCCUGCCCUUGCAUCUGGUUCACCAUCAGGCAUUGGCAGUGGCGGGCCUGAGCCCCCUCCUCCAGAGAAGCCGUGCCCCCACCACCUGCCCCCAGCCCUGGGCCACGCCCAGCAGCCAAGGCUGGCCCCCGAGGCCCAUCCCCACCCUGCGGCUGGAGGGGGCCGAGUCCAGCGAGAAACUCAACAGCAGCUUCCCGUCCAUCCACUGCGGCUCCUGGUCUGGGGAGCCCACGGCCUGUGGUGGGGGCAGCAGCGCCCUCCGGAGAGCCCGGCCUGUGUCCCUCACUGUGCCCAGCCGGGCCGGGGCCCCGGGCAGGCAGCUCCACGGCAGUGCCAGCAGUCUGGUGGAAGCGGUCUUGAUUUCAGAAGGACUGGGGCAGUUUGCUCAAGAUCCCAAGUUUAUCGAGGUCACAACCCAGGAGCUGGCUGACGCCUGCGACAUGACGAUAGAGGAGAUGGAGAACGCUGCCGACAAUAUCCUCAGCGGAGGCACCCAGCAGAGCGCCAACGGCACCCUCUUCCCUUUUGUUAACUGCAGGGACCCAGGGCAGGACCGAGCAGGGGGCGAGGAGAACGAGACCUGCGCGCCAGCCCUGGAGCGUGGGAAGAGCGAGGGGGAGCCCCAGGACAGCAGAGCCUGCGGCGGCAGCCUGUAGGAGCCGGGGCUGGGGAGAUGCUGGGUUUUUUAUUUGUUUCAAUGUUCCUAAUGGGUUCGUUUCAGAAGUGCCUCACUGUUCUCGUGACCUGGAGUUAACCGGAACAGCGUCUUCAUUCAUUUCGUUGGGACAAGACGCAGAGUUGAGUGGUACCGAGAGUCAGCUUUUCAGGGGGGAAGAAAAGCAGCAACCCCAGUGUGUGUCCACAGAGGCAGAGUGGUGAGGAGGAGAAGGUGGAAGAAUCAGGGAGGGAGAGCAAGAGAGGAGACGCCUGCCCUCCCGUGAUAUUUCAGGCCCUGCACGAGGAGCCAACUGUCGCCUCCGGGCAUGAAAGAGAACCUCAGCUUCCUGCGGUAGCCCUCACCAAAAGGACCCUAUGUCAAACGGGUGUCUUUCAACUUUGCUUGUAAAAAAAAUCAUUUUGCACAUA